CACCUAGUGGUGGAGAUGUGAACCCGUUUACUCGAGGUCUCAUUAAACUGUCUCUGCGGUCACUGAAGCAACACAUUACGUGGAAAAUAAAUAUCAGAGCCAAGAGCAGCGAGUGUGCGUGUAGUCAACCACUGCUGCUAACUGAUCCCGUAGGACCUGGAUUAUUUAUUUGAUUCCAUUGAUGAACUUUUAUCCUCAAGUUACCCUGGUAACCGCUGUCAUUGCAGACGGUUGCGUUGAUCUACGUACUUCCGGUUUAGCGGCUACGCCUCGUAUUUUCGUUUUAUGGGAAAAACCACAAAAGGAUUUAACUGAGUAAAAUAUUGUCAGUUGGUCUCGUUUUUUGGUUCUACACGAAGAACAAGAAAACGACUGCCCACGAGAAACGAGUGUUUUCUGUUUUUACGGUAAAAGGGACGAUCAAAAGGUACACGGACCUACUCCAACCAUGAACACCACAAGUCUAUUAUUAUGCCAUUAUUAAUCAAGUGUAAUUACAGUUUAGCGUGAGCAUGCAUGCUUAUAUUUAAUGCUCAAUAAAAGAUAUCUGGGAAACAUUAAAGAGUUUGAAAUGCAACCAUUUUUUUAUCAGUGGUUGACCACUGUGUGAGUCAGCUCUCGUCACCCCUUCUUUCUCAGUCUAAAGACACCGGCUCUUUCUCCUUUGUUUGAAUUGUCCCGUUUUCAUCCCGCCUAUUUUCGGUUGGUGGUGACGCGCAGAAAGGAGGCGUGUCCAAUGUGACCGUUGAGUGUGACAGGACAGUCCCGAAUCCCCCACACGCUGUUUCCUCGCUCAAACUAGCGCCCAAAACAAAUGUCUUUUAAAACCAUGAGGAGGAAAACCAGCAGUAGCGCUGGUAGGAGAAGCUCAACAACAAGGAGACGCAGUGAAAAUGUGCCCUUUGAUGAAUUCGGCUUCGCUCUGACUAAACGGAAGGACCAAAAGCUCCAUCACCGAUGCCAUGAUUACAGCUUCACCCAGCUGAACCCGGUGAGGGUGAAGGAGCUGUGUGAGCUGCUCAGUUACUGGAACGGAGCUAGCUUCAUCUGCAAGAGCCAGAUUGAGCGGUUCAUCCGGAUGGGUAUUCCUCCCAGUCUGCGUGGCAGAGUGUGGAAGUGCCUGCUGGCCAUCGACAGUCUGAGAGACACCAGUGACUUCAGCUACCAGAAGUGUCUGCUAGAGGUGCGAGUGCCAUUGGUAGACUUGGGAGUCAGUGAGUAUGGCAUCCUGUCGGCAAUCGCCACCCUGAGUGAGACUCAAAACCAUCUGGGUUUGGACCUCGGGGAGGGAUCCGGCGCCCCCCUACCCAGAUGCUCUGCGGACGACAUCACAGUCUUCAGACAGAUCGCCCUGGACCUACAACGUUCCUUCCCGACCCACCGCUCGCUGAUGGGGGACAGCCCAGAAGCCAUUGAGGGCCAAGCUAAACUCUUCAGGGUCCUCAUUGCAUACGCCAAAUACAGCCCGCAGGUUGGCUACAGCCAAGGGAUGUCCUACCUAGCUGCAGUCCUACUUAUGCAGUUGGGGGAGGAAGAGGCGUUUUGGGCUCUGACCGCAUUGUUGGAUAAACCUAAAUAUCUAACAGAGCUGUUUGACUUCAACCUAACCAGGGUACAGCAUCAGGUGAAGGUGUUCGACCAGUUCCUGAAACACAGGAAGCCCCAGCUCUCUCAGCACCUGGAGUCGGUGGGAGUCUCGUCAGUCCACUUUGUGACGCCUUGGUUCCUCACUCUUUUCACUUCCCUGCCCUGCUGGGACUCUGUUCUGGCUGUCUGGGAUCUCAUCAUUCUGCAUGGCCUGUCUGCUGUGUUCCGUACUGCUCUGACCCUUGUCGAGCUUCUGGAGCCUCGGCUGAUGGACCUGACCGACGAGGGAGCAGUGUUACCCCUGCUGUUGAGAGUGCCUUUCGACGUAUCCAAGUACGCCGUCUUCAUCCCUGCCCUGUGGAAUACCGAGGUCCAGGAUUGGGAGCUCAAAUGCAUGAGCAGUCUGGUGUUAGACGAGAGCCACCAUGAAGGAGGAGAACCGAGUCAGGACCAGAAGGCCACACUAUCAACCCAAGCCAGUGGAGAUAAAGAAAACGUACUGGAAGGAGAAAAGACCAGUGAGAAUGAAUCAGCCUCUGGGGCUAAAAGUGUACUGACCCGCGUGAUGCGCCUGGCCCAGCGCUACCUGUCCGACCAGAGGGGUAGACAGAGGACGGAGGCGCAGGGGGCUCAAACGCAGGCCAGGACCAGACAGCGCAGUCCUGCAGCUACGCGAGUCUUCCGUAGUCGGACCGGCUCUUCACUAACACAAAGUCAGAUCAGAUCGCGGAGGCAGAGCCAGCACAGAGGCGUGGCUCAGCAGCCAGUGGUGCAGGGGAGCAGCGACGAUGUCGCUGUGCCAGAUGCAGCCAGAAGGAGUGACAGCUCAGAACCGACUCUCAAGAGGACAAGCACGGGACCUUUAGGCAAGGCGGCUGGUCGCCGUAGUAACCACAGCCUCGUCAGCGGGAAGUCCAUACGUCUUCUACGAAGCAGCAAGAAGCGGCGGAGCCAGACCCCUCCCCCCACCUCCGUCCUCCCGCCGUCCCUCCGUGCCUCGUCACUUCCUCCGUCUUCUUCCAACGACACACCCAGGACCGCUCUCAUCAAGGAGCUGUCUUCCCGGCAUCAGACCAGCUUUCCAUUCAGGAACGCCAGAGAGUCCAAGUUGAUCUGAAAGGGAACAAUGAAGAAGGGCACCAUGGAGCAUGUGAAGUUAUGUAAAUCAGGCGGUCUGGGACCCAAUGGGUACCCAAUUUGCAUCGGCACCCAAACUGUUGUAAACCCAGAUUCAUACUAGAGCAUUAAGCUGCACAAAGCUUUACACCUCUUUUGAAUUGUAUGAGUGCACGUACACCACAUCUACUAUGAUUCUACAUUGCCCUGAUUUUGUUGUUUGUUUUUCCAGUUGACAGAGUCCAAUUGUUCUGUUAUUUUAUUGUAUUGCACAGUUGGCACUAAUAAAUUAUUGAUAUUGUUUUUAA